AUGGAGACUGACUUCGACUUUGACGCUUUGUGGUCUGGCGACCUCGACCAUUCGACCACGCCAAUAGAGCCGGACUUGAACCUGGACUACUACCCCUCGGUCCCCUCUGCGUUCGGGCUUCCGGCAGACUUUCUCUUCGCCGAGGACGAGGGAGUGUUUCCCGCAACCAUAAGUUACAAUGCACGGCCAUCCUAUGCUCCUGACACCGCGCUAGGAAGUUUUCCGGCCGAGUCCUCCCCGACGCGCACCAUCUUCCCGGUAACGCGGUCAGACACGACACCUGACGAUGCGAGGCACAUGGAGGAGGAGGAUGCGCACGGCCAUGAUGUUGCUCACCAGCGGUUGCGGCGGCAGUUGUCACUCCUGUCCAAAGGCUGGGCUGGAGAUGAAAUCCGGUUCAAGAACUGCGAUCCGGCCAAGGCCAUCGUUUUGCAUUCCUUGGCUAUGGAGCUAGGCCUCGGCUACAGUCACGAUGUCCGGAGUCGCGAGGUAUCGAUGUCCCGCCUCGGGCCCGCUCAACCGCCUUCGAGACCGCAACUCGCGCCCGGGUGUCUCUCAUCUUCGCUUCCGCGUUCUUCAACAGAGCUGGACUCGACUCUUUGCCUGCCGGGCCUGCCCGCGGUCCCCAUGUGUCAGUUGCCUGAAGUAGCCACCCACGUCACUCAAGAUCCGAGUCCGGUGCCCACCAAAACAGCCUCACCAAGCGAGCCAGAUGCGGCGCCGAACGACCAAUCGUUGACACGGCGCCCAAGCCGCAGUGAACGGAUCAUCUCGACCCUCAAGACUUCUAUCUCCAAGGGUGGGCGGCGGGGCCCACUGAGCGAGAAUGGACGGCGGGCUAUGAAGGCAUUAGAAGGCGCUGGUGGUGCGUGCUGGAGAUGCAAGGUCCUUCGUCGCAAAUGUGACCCGGACAGCCCGUGUAGGUGCUGUCUGCAAAGCGUUCCUACGCCUCAUCUCGGGGAAGACGCGCCACUCUGGCCCCUGAUAGGUUGUCGACGCGGCCCACUCCGCGAUUCGAUCCCGGCACAACUGCUUUGUCCCCGGUCAAAUCGCCAUCCUUGCCUUGCCGGCGGAGAGAGGCCCGCGGCUUCCCGGCGGUGCCACUCUGUGGACGCCGCUGAUCGGUGCCUGCUCGCUGCCGAGGACCAACGGCUGGCUGACAUGAAGGCCGUCCUGGAAGGCGCGUCAUACAAGCUGUCGAUCACGGACCCGCCCCUCAACAGCUCUUUCAGUUUGUUCAUUGAGACCGGCCGCUACCGCGACCGUGAAUGCCUCAAGAGAAGCUAUUCAUAUGAAGGCAAGUCUGUCACAUAUACAGAACUGAUUGCCAUGAUCGCCUGGGAGCUCGCAGAAAACUCGGCGCUCCUGCCUUUGCUCGAGAUCAGAUCUUGGGACGGCUUCAUGAACAUGUUGGAAACGGCGUGCGUCUACGAGUCCGAAGUCGGCCAGACGUCGCUAGUGAUUCUCUCCAUCGUGUGUCUCAGGCACUCGCUCGAAGCAUUACGUCUUCAUUCGGCAAACCUUCUUGAGCCGGAAGCACACGAGAGCUGCGGUGGAGGGCAAUGCCGGGUGGAAUGUAUUCGGAAUCUCAGCUCCCGAGUUGCGACGUACAUCGAUGAACUCUCAUCUGUCGUCUUCAACAAAGAGAACAUGCGAGACCGGAGAUGGUGGCUAUCAACCUUCUACAGCCUCUAUAUCCAGAGCUAUGUGCGGCACGCCUUGAUCGCGAUCGAAAAACAGCUACGGUUCCAGUCCGCCGAUGACGUCCCCGCCGAAGACCUCACAGCCACCCAGUACCUGCAUCUCCCGGCCGUGUUGUUCACGGCUGCGUCCGCCAAGUACGACCCUCUUCUCGGUGAUGGGCGAUUGCACUAUGCAUUGACGGACCAUUCCGUCAUCCCGGAGACUUCGGUGCCCGAGCUCCAUCACGCGUGCGCUCGGGUGGCCUGCGAGGUGAACAAGUGGGCCGAAGUCGGCAUCAGGACCCCCUACCAGUUCCUCCGGCGGCUUCUACAGAUUGGCUCCCUGGACUUUUUCGACUCUGGGCAUCAUGUCUUGGAGAUGUCUAAGUCAGGAUCCCCCGUGGCGCUUGACGCUCCGCCUUCGGGCCGUGGUAUGGUCUUGUCACCCAGCUCCCCAGGCUAUGGUGCUGGGGAUGAACGCCAGGCCUUCCUCAAACCCUUUCCUCAGGGUAAGAGGGACUCUGUCGAUAGUCGGUACUCGGGACAACCCUCGACCAUGUUUUCGAACCAGAGCUCGGAUAGCUUGGCCCGGACCAUGUCGACGGAUAUGACGAGCUUGUACGAAUCCUCGCUCUUAACUAGAGCUUCGUUUUCGGACAGUGCGGCGAACUUGGAAACCGAGAUGUGCUUGGAUAUCGGUACCCUCAGCCCAAGUGCAAUAUUCUCAGGACGCCAUAACCGUUCGUCGCAGUCGUUUGACCCGCCCGUCCCGGAAACGGCCAAGAUUCCCGCCAAAAGCGAAGUGGCGGAUAUGGGCUUGAAGUCUAUCUUUUUCUGCAACUGUUGCCCUAGAGCACCGAGGCAGUUUCAGACCAGCGAGGGGCUAGCACGGCACGAAGCUGAGAAGCCCCAUCCAUGCACCCAGUGCAAGAAGCGGUUCAAGAGUCCCACAGAAGCCGAGCGGCAUAUGAACGCCAUUCAUGUCAAAUCUGACUUCUGGUCCUGCAAAGCGCUGGAGGACUCGCUCCUCGCCUACGACACCGAGACAGUCGACGGCGCGGCGUGGGACGUCUGUGGAUUCUGCGGCUUUGGGUUUCUCCGCGAGAACGGGGCCGUAGACCGGGAGAAGCUUGUGAAUCAUGUCGAGGUGACGCAUAGGAUUGGCGAAUGCGACCGCAGCAAGAACUUCUACAGGGCGGAUAAUUUCCGACAGCACCUCAAGAACACGCAUGCGGCGACACCAGGAAGGUGGUUGAAGGGAUUGGAGCAUGUGUGCAGGAGCACGAGGGACUCGGUAAUGACUUAA